CUCGUUUUAAAAUAAACACAUUGACUGACUUCUUGUCAAGUCGACGGGAAAAUAACGCAUGCGUUUUUUGCGAAGACAACCGCAUCCUUUGUUUUCUAUUUUUCUGUUUUAAAACAUUUUUCGCAAAUUUUCAGGUCGUGAAAGACUUGAUUGACCAAAUAUUACAAACUUUAUAAUAAGUGUGAAACAAAAGCAUAUUCCAUUAUUAUCCGUAGGCACUACAAACUUAUUCGUUGACAAAUUAGAUGAAUAAUAAAGAUAUUCAACUGAGUAAAUCACUAUCGUGGCUGCUACGGCACGGAGCAGUCAAAGAAGGUUUUAAAUUAAGCCCUGAAGGAUAUUUAGAAGUAAACAAAAUAUUACAACAUAAAACAUUUAGAGGCAAAUAUACCACAUUGGACAUUGAAAGAGUUGUUAGUAACAAUGAUAAGCAGAGGUUUAAGGUGCGGAAGAACCCGUCUACCAACUAUCUAGAGAUCAAAGCAAACCAGGGUCACACUAUUAGUGACGUUACUGAUGCGGACCUUACACCCAUCACUGAGGUCAAAUACAACACUGUCAUUCAUGGCACAUAUCUUAAAUGCUGGAAAGUCAUAAAAAAUGAAGGCUUAUGUCGUAUGAAACGGAAGCACAUUCAUUUAGCAAAAGGUACAUUAGAUGAUGCUUCCGUGAUCAGUGGGCUCCGGCAGAACACUGAAGUCCACAUAUACAUAAAUCUCUCUAAGGCACUUGCAGAUGGUAUAAAAUUCUUUGAGUCAGAAAAUGGUGUUAUCCUGACCAGUGGUAACAAGGAGGGAUAUUUGGAAUCUAAGUACUUUGAAAAAGUUGUAAAUAUUCAUACAGGUGAGCACCUGUUCCCAUGAACCAUGGACAGAGCAGGGCAGGUGCAGAUGUCCACCCCGACGCCGUCGUCGUCCACCGGGCCUGCCCCGGGCCCGGCCCCGGCCCCGCGCCCUGCCCCGGCCCCGCGCCACGCGGCGCGCCGCCGCCCUCCUGGCCCAGAGAUAGCUGAUGCCCACCCACACACACCCGCCUCCCGCAGAGUUCUCGUCUCUGGUUACCCCAACUACACUCAGCCGCAAGACUUACUUGACGUUUUUACAAAAUUUGGUAAUGUAAGAAUAGACAAAUGCAAUAGCUGGUCUGCCACUCUAACAUACUCUAAUGAAGAUGAAGUAAGAGCAGCUCUAAGGGCGAACAAGCGACUCCACAUCUACGGACACUUCUUGUCAGUGAAGCCGUACUCCACAAAGCUGGCGACCGAAGACAACCGCCCGCCGCAUCAACCUGCCACGCCGAAGCGAGAAUUUCCACUUAGCAAAAAGAAAGGAGUCAUAUUGGAACCCAAGAAGAUCGACUUGACUGGUGACUUCCACACACAGCUAGAUAACAUCCUAUUUGCAGUAAGACUCAAGAUGGAAGAAGUGCAGUCUCUUAGUUUAUUGUACACUGACCUAGAGAUAGCAUUGCAAGCGCACUGGCCAGGUUGCAAAGCGAUACCAUUUGGUUCAAUCACGACCGGACUGGGCAUUAAAACGAGCGACGCGGACUGCUUCAUAAACAUCCCGGGGCAGUUCCGCGUGCCCACCGGUAACUACGUGAACAAGGCCAAGCGAGUGCUCCAGCAGUACCCGGGCACGUUCGCGGAGAUCCUAUCCAUCCCCCGCGCCAACACUCCCAUUGUGAAGCUGUACCACAUCCCCACGCAGACCAACUGCGACGUGACAUUCAAGUCCCCGCUGGGCGCGCAGAACAGCCGGCUCCUGGCGCUACUCCUGCAUGCGGACGCGCGCCUGAUUCCGCUGGCCGUGCUGCUGAAGUACUGGGCCAAGGUGCACGAGCUCACGGGCACCGGCAAGCUGACCAACUACGCGCUGACGCUGAUGCUGGUCUUCUACCUGCAGCAGGCGCCGGCCGCGCUGCCCGCCGUGGCCUGGCUCCAGCGCGACCCGGCGCAUGCCUACAUGGUGGACCACUGGAACACCGGCUUCAACGCCGACCCCGCGCAGCUCCCCCCUUCCGCCAACACUUCUUCAAUCUCCGAGUUGCUCGGAGGCUUCUUUGAGUAUUACUCCAUGUUUAACUUCGACGAGAUGAUCGUUUGCCCGUAUCUGGGCGUUCCCGUCAAAAGAGAAAUGUUCAAGGACACGGCCAAUAUGCCAAAAGAGUUUGACCUCUACAAGAACAAUGUGUUAAACAACUACGUCAUGCCGAUAAGGUAUCAGACUGCGAUGGUCGUGCAGGACCCUUUCGAACAAUGCCAUAACGUUGCCUCCGCGAUCACCAGCAAAUUAGCUUUGGACAUCAAAACCUACUUCAAAUUUUGUGCUAACGCAUAUGAGAAGGAAAAAACAAAUGGAUGCCAAGAAUUUCUUAAAAUUAUUUUAUUACAGAAACCUAAACUUAUUCGUGGAAAAACGCACCCCGAGUACAGAGUAAAUUUGUUCCCUAGAAUAGUAAAUACCAUAAUUAGCUUCGACUGGAAGUCUGUAGUGAGAGACAUGGUGAUGGAGAUAUUUGAGAACAUGUUAAUGAUCAAGCUUGGCAAAGUUGAGGAGAAAGUCAACCCAGAUACUAAGAAGGAGAAAGAAAAGUAUAGCGGCGCAUUAACUAAACCCAUAUGGAAGAGGAAAUCAUUCUCCAGGCUGUACAAACAAAUGGAUUUGACAUUAGAGGAGAGACAAGGAAGGAUUACACAAGAAGUUAUUAAUGUCGAAAAACAGGACAUUAAUGUUCAAUUCCAGUUAACCAUGACUUACUGCCAUCAGCCUAAAAGCGCUGUCAUCUCUAUAAGGCUCGGAUCCGGGGAUCUGGACGCAUUCAGAGAAUUUGGGAAGUUCUUCAUAUCAGUGACGCAGAAUUGGGUAACCGAGUUACUGAAGCCAUUCUCGAUGCCCAAUUGCAAGGAUACAGCUACUAAAAUAGCCGAGACCUUAGAAGCCAACAACCAUACUAGUGAAAUUGAUUCCGACGACGAUGAGGAAAUCGUAAUCCUACCUAAGUCACAUCUAAUUGCAAAACCUAAAUUGGCGGAUGACGGGCCAGACGCUGCAACAACCGUAGAUAUCUUAACAAAUAGAACCAGAAACAGUUUGAAAAUUAAUGUCGAAGAUUGCCCUCAAAAUAAGAAAAUCGUAAUAAAUAAUUGUGAUGAAACAAUACAAAGUAAAACAUCUGACGUGGUUACUAACAAUACAGAUGUUACCCCCAUUAAAAGUGCAGACAAUGUAACGAAUAACACAUAAGAAAUUUUGACGAUAAAUACAGAAAAUUGUGAUAAAAUGCCGCAACAUUGACAAAACAUGUAGAAAAUUUCUCUAAAAACGCAGAAUGUUUGCUAACAAGCGACUGUGGCGCCAGAAAUCUAGAAACGCGCGGGUAUCCGCCCGGCACUGACGUGGCGUCACCUGGCGCUAAAGUAACACGGAGACAUGUUCUAUUUUGAGACAUUAAGCUUAUGAGUAUAAUUACUUAGUGUAAAAAUCGUUCUAUCAAUAGAAAUAGUGAAUAAAAUUUUAUUUUAAUAUUAAGCUAAGUCACUUACGAUUUAUUUUUAUGCGGUUUAUAGAAAUUUUAAUUUUAACUAAAAUUGUCG